AUGCCCAAUGUCAAAGGCGCCGGAAAGAAGGCGACCCUUGCCAAACGUCAGUUAUACUCUAACCCGCUUCCCGUUGGGCGCACGCCGUCCAAACGUACGCAGACAGAGCCUUUGUCUUGGUGGGAUUGGUUCAACGAAUUGUCCAAGUGGGUGUACGAUGGCGCAUCCACGGCUCCUGUCUACCGCGCAUGGUACGAUGACAUGACCAAGUCUGUGUGGAUGUAUGAUACAGGAGAAGCGCAUCAGCUCUGGACGCAGGGCUUCUUUGGCAAGGGUAACCUCAGCCGCAGCGAGCCUACCUGGGUCGCUCGCAAAGAAGCCGAGUGGAGCGCGCGUGAACGCGGCGAGAUGACUGCCGAGCAAAUGACGCAGCGCCGGCGUGAGGAACGCAAGCUGCUCAAGAUUGAACGUGCGCGAGCAGCGGUCAAAGCCGGUAUUCAGCUCCCAGACGGUAUCACCGCACUGGGAGGAAAGCUCGACGAGGGCGAAAGUGCACCCUCGGGAGACGAUCUUUGGAAAGGCGACGAAGAAGCACCAACGAUCGAGGCUGGUAUGGCUCGUGUCAAGGGUCUCAAGCACUUUUCUUCCGCGAUACCCCAAAAGGAAGGCGCUAGCGACGCUGCGCCUGUUCCGGCCGAUCUCUACAGCUCGCCCAAGGAGCUGGAAGGCGUAGAGCACUUCCAGCUCACGAUGGUCGAGGCUUUUUUCCUUGCAGGUAUGCUGGGCUGCUUGGAGGUCUACGAUGAGAACCACAAUCUUCCACUGAGCCUCGCUCUGUCGGCCAGGGGCGAUGGACCGAAAGUGUGGGCGAGGCCCGACAACCCUUUCCUGCUCUCGUACAUUGUCUACCAUCAUUUCCGCAGCCUUGGAUGGGUGGUCAAGAGCGGCACCAAGUUUUGUGUGGACUACCUGCUGUACAAGCGCGGCCCUGUCUUUAGCCACGCGGAAUUCUCUAUCCUGGUGGUUCCUGAGUAUGUGGACGAAAAAGACGCCGAGCACUCCCCUUUUGCUGCGCACCACAAUGGCGGCGAGAAGAGCUGGGUGUGGUUUAGUAUGAUGAAUCGUGUCAACAGCCAAGUCCAAAAGCCAAACCAGCUCGUUGCUAUGCUGAAGCAAGGGCACUUCCGCGUAAAGGAAGUUGGCAUUCGCCGCUGGGUGCCCGCUCGAAUGAAACCAUAG